AUGGCGGUCACCGUGGACGCCAAAUUCAGGUGUCCUCUUCCUCCUCCGGGCUCAUCGGAGGCAAAAUCAAAGCCAAAGGCUGUCCUGGUUCUCGUCUCUCGCCGGGUUACGCGUGGCAGAGAAGAAAAUCUGGCGAGAGUGAGACAGUUUGCAUAUAAAGAUAAUUCUCGGCUGCAGAAUAAACCAGCCCUGAGCCUGGAACUAAGUCCGUCCUCCUCUCUGGGCGAGAGGGAGGGAAGAGGGGAAGAGGAGGUGCAAACGCCAAUACUCUUCGCAACUGGGCUAGAGCUCGGCUGCCAGCAGAAGUUCUGGCGGCGGCUCGCGCGGCUCUGCCAGCUGGAGCCCCGCGGGAGAGGAGGGCAGGGCGCCCGCUCUGUCCCACCGCGCCGCGGUCCCGGGGACAGCGACGGGACAGCGAGGGGCCGGGCCUGGCACCGACGCAGGCUGGGGAGCGCGGGCGGUGCAAGGCGGCGUGCAUCGAACAGGAAGUGCACGGCGUGCAGCGCCGCUCUCCCGCUCCCCCCGCCGCCUAACGCCGCCCCCGGGUCGCCGCGUACUGUCGCCUGCCUGGCGGGCGGGGGGGCCCCCCCUCCCCUGUGGCCGCGGCGGCGCCGGGUUCGCUGGGAGCUGAUUUCUGAUCCCGCUGGUCCCCCAGUGUCUCUGUUUAUGCCUGGCUCCCUGAAACACGCACACGCGCCGUGGUCCCCGCAGACCUGGCGCGGCGGAAGCAUCGGGUUCGGAGGGAUGCGCAUUGACCCGCACGUGCUUCCCGGAAAACCGCGGCGCCGGGUCGCUCCCCGCCGGCUUGCGGACCUGAAUGAGCACAGAGGGCGGUCUGUGUCGUUGGGGCAGUGCGGGUUUUCACCCCCCCAGCCCCGCCCCACCUGGCUGUUUUCACGUUCGACAACAGUUGCGCAAUGCAUCCGCGUUCAGAAUGAAGCCAGAUUGGAAAAUCGUCCCCGUCCUGGAACAGUGCUGGCUUGACAGAAAGGUCCCGAGGCUCUAGAGGGGACCACCGUCGGAGUUCAAACACCAAGUGGCCAUCCCAGCCCCGCCCGUGUGGAAUUUCUCGCUUUGACCUUCUUCUGACCAGCUGCCUGCAAGAGACAGGAGACUGCAUUAUUCCAGUAACUGCUGGAAACAUUGGUUGGAAGUAGAAAAGAGUGUGCCUUUAGCCUAAUGUGAUGGAGUUUGGAGGCCCCGGGGAGCCCACCGUUACCCACUCAAAAUUACUCCCCAGCUGUCAUUUCAGUUUCAUCUCUUUAUCUUAAAAUGUUAACCCCUUUUACAAUGAUAAUUUCCCAGGGAUGCAGAUCACUCCAUUUGAUGAGAACUGGUUUUGGAAAGGGAAGAGGGAGAGAUGAGAAGGGAGCAAGGUGACAAAGGGAAAGUCAGGAAGUGCGGCGAGGAGGGGAUUUGAGGAGGGGAUUCCGUGUGAGGAGCCCUGUGUUAUUUCUUUUCCCAAGCGCUUGGCCUUGGCCAGUGCUGGUUGAUGGGCCCUAUUUAGCAAGUAUUAUAAUAUGUACUUUUGUCAGUUGAUUUGUGUAAAAUAUGCCCAAUCAUUCAUUAAUAAAAUUAAUUUGUUCUCUGAGUUUAUUUUGUUGGAGUGCAGACUUUAGUGCCUGGAAAUCCUAAAUUAAUACAUUUUACCAUAUUGCCUGCAUUUUAUGAGCUUUUUUUUUUCGUUCCACAUGUUAAUUUUUCUGAAACCUGGUUGUUUCUUAUAGAUGGUAUCCGAAGAGGCUUACCAGCCAUUUUUUCCUUCUGAUAUUAGUAAAUUAAUUAUAUAUCUUCCAAUCAUGGAGUCUUAGACUGAAGGGAGCCCAGUGAUUAUUUUGUUUUGGGGUGCCGUCUGAAAUCCCAUCUUCACUUCCUCCUUGCUGCAUGUAGUUAUUUUAGCCAGUAUCUAAAUGUGACAUGCCCUGCCAUUGACUCCUUCUCAAUGCCCUGACCUAUGACCUCCCUCUAAAAAGAAUGCCAUAAAGUCUAUACUGAACAAAAUACCAAAAUUCUAGAUAAAGGCAGCAUUCUGAUUUGCCUUUUGGCUCAGGCUCCAAUGUUGGUCAGCUCAGCACUGU